AUGCUGGUCCUAGUCAAAGGUGUAGCACAAGCUCCAUCUAUCGCUGAAGAAGAUAUCAACAUCAUGUUCGCAACAAACGUAACUGGUCUUAUCAACAUGACUCAGGCUGUCCUCCCAAUUUUCAAAGCGAGACCAGAUGGUGGAAAGGGCGAUAUUAUAAACAUUGGCAGCAUUGCAGGAAGAGAACCAUACCAAGGAGGAAGUAUCUAUUGUGCCACUAAAGCAGCCAUUAGAAGUUUUGGAGAUUCGCUGAGAAGAGAAUUGAUCGCUACAAGAAUAAGAGUCAUUGAAAUCGAUCCUGGACAAGUCGAGACCGAAUUCAGUGUCGUUCGAUUUUACGGCGAUAAAAAGAAGGCAGAUGCUGUCUAUGCCGGAUGUGAACCAUUGACUCCGGAUGACAUCGCUGAAGUUAUUGUUUUUGCAGCCGGAAGAAGAGAGAAUGUCGUUCUUGCCGAUACUUUAAUUUUCCCCAAUCAUCAGGCUGGUGCUGGAGGUGCAAUGUAUAAGAAGAGCUAA